ACACCUAACUGAUUUAGGCUUAUUAAGUCAAAACAUCUGUCAUGUGCCGACUUCCGCCCAAAACAAUGAACUGUAAACAAAUCCGUAUUUGAGGGACAACACAACCGUUUAUUGUGGUUGAAUUUCCAUUGAUCAAGAAGCAGUUUAGAAACAUGGCAGAAGUUGAAAGCAAUCUGCAGACCGUCUGUGAACAGCUGGACAACAUUGUGAUCCAGGUGUUUUCAACGCUUUCAGACUUGUACGCUGAACAGGCGAGAUUGGAAGCUUCGUUGAAGAGUGGCUUCCUAAACAUGUCCCGAGCAAGAUACACCAUGGGAGUUAAAUCUGUGAGCAUGGAUCAGUGUGAUGAAAACAACAUGUCAGCUGUGGUCAAGGUGAAGGUCACUCCAGAAAACCAGCUGAAGAGUUAUAACCCUGACCUUGACAUUGAAUCUCAAUUUAGCGACCUUGACCUUGAAGGUAAAAUUCCUGACACUGAGUCGAAUCUACGGAAAAGAAAUGUGAGAAAGCCGGAAAGAGAUUAUUAUGAAAAGAAGGACUCUCAUAUUGAAGAAUUUAUUAACAAAGCUGGUGAGAAUGGAGUAGAACUAAAAGACCUUAGUGAUAAAACCAGGAAGAAAGUGUUUGAUCCAAUAAAAUGGUUCGGUGUUCUGGUGCCAACAACUUUGAGGCAAAGUCAAUCAGACUUUAAGGCAACUGUAGAUGCGGUUGUUACUGUUGCUAACUUGAAAAUAAAGCUGCAAGAAUUGCAAAAGGAAUAUAAAGAACUUAUGUUGAAAAAGGAAGAACUGAGCUGAAUAUAAUGUGUUGGAUAUUCUAUUUGCGUUUGUGAACUUUGGUGAUAUUCUAUUUGUGUUUGUGAACUUUGGGGAUAUUCUAUUUGCGUUUGUGAGUUUUGGAGAUAUUUUUAAAUUUAUGUGAAUUUUUGGCUAAUUCUAUUUGUAUUUGUGAAUUUUGAUGAUCUUUUAAUUGUUUAUGUAAAUGAAGUGUUCAGUGAAUAUAUUAUAUGUAUAAUGCUGUAAACAUGAAUAUAAACAUUUCAGAAAUAGUGUUCAUGGCCAUAGAAUCAUUAAUUAUAUCCUUUUACAAAGAACACAUAGUGGUUAAAAGUGAAGUAGUUGUCAAAAAUGCUAACCCACAAACAACGCCAUGUUGAGUUAAUUUAAUCUAUUUGUAGGGAAAUGGAGGGGGGGAUUUCAGACAUUUUCACUCACGUUUCAAUGAUUGUAAAUAUAAGAAAGAAGAAUGUAAUUAUAAACAGUUGUCAUUUCUAUUUGUUCUAUAAAGGUGCUGAUUGAAAAACUGCCCAUUGUUUUCAAAAAACUUACAUUGCAUCCAGUCUUUAAACUGUUUUUCCCUGUAACUUCAUGGAUUGUUGUAUGGUUUCAUUGAAGUGCCAACAUGGCUGUUUUGUGUAUAAAUGGACUCGAAUUUAGCUAUGCAAUCGUUGUUAUUUUACAUAAAAGUCAUAAAAAUA